UCGUGUCUUUCUAUUUUAAAAGUCGUGUUGAACUUGGGCAUCUGAGUAAAAAUGUCAUUUUCCUGCACUUAGAAAUGGGUAUACCGGAACAUACCAGGGAACAUACCAUAAUUUACCAUAGUUACAUACGCCAGUUCUAGGACCCCCGUUCUGUCUCGCGGAUGUUAAAUUACAUAUAAAACUAUUGUUUACAUUGGUUGAUAUGGCAUUCUAAGUGUGUGGAGUGUAAAAUAUUUGGAAAAAAUUCCUAUCAACUGUACAAAUAUCAACUUUUAUUUCUUUUCUUUAUGUCUCAACAUCGCGGAACAUUUGAUUUGUACGUUUCUCUUACUUUCAUUUGAAGUAAGUCAUCAGAAACACCGCUGUGAAACAGUUGAUUGAUGAACGCUUAUCUAGUGGAUAGGCUAGACAAGCACAAGUUAUAACUCGAGUAUAUAAACUUGAUCUGCUCAUACGUGUGCAUUUCACCAGCUACUUUUAUAUAUGAUUCCUGGUUAAACAUUUAAAUGUAGAAAAUAUGGCCAUCGGUUCCUGUUUGAUUCAACUAGCAACAAUGAUUGUCACAUUUAGUGGAAAGAACUCAAUGGUAAAUAUUACCAAUCCUUCAUCAUCUAACAUAUCAUCAUUGGUAAUACAUUUUAAGACAUCCCAAUCAAAUUCACAAAUUGUUAGCAUGGUGUCUGGAAGCUGGUUGUUUGCUAUAAACAUACAGAGCAAUGGAUCAUUAGCAAUUGAUUAUAAAUUUGACCAGAAUAUCAACAAUGGAUCUGUCGAUUUAGGUUUGGUUAAUACUGACAAAUGGUUUUUACUCAACAUUACAUCUCAAGAAAAUUCCACACAGUUUCAGUUAAGUGAAAGUAACAUUUCACUGUCCAUUCCAUGUGAACCCAAGACAACUAAAACAAAAAACAUAGUUUUACUUGGUGAAACUUUCUCAAAGAUUUUAAAAACUGGCUUACAAAUUGGAGGGGAAACUAACACUAAAAGUUUAAAAUCUUUUAAAGGCUGUGUUGGCAUGUUCUUGCUAAAUACUCACACUAUAGAUUUGUUAAAUGUAACUAAGGAAAGUCGUUCUUUUAAAAGAAACCUCAAGGGUACAAUAAAGGGUUGUCCAUGCUCCCAAAAACCCUGUAAGACAGGUGCCAAUGUUUGGGAUGAAACAAAGGGCAAGUGUGUUUGCAAAUGUGGGUUAGACUACUAUGGUGAAUUUUGCCAAAAUAUGUCGAGGCCAGAAAUAACAGAGAAAGAUGAUUCUGAAAAUAUUUAUAUUAUUGCUGGUGUAGCUGUUGGUGUUUUACUAUUGAUAACAUUGGUGAUAUGUGUGGUGUUCUAUAUUAAGAGGACGAGUAGUACCAUGUUAGGGGUAUAUAACCCAAAAAAUCAAGAACAGGUACAAGGGCAACAAAUGAAUACAGCAUUUUCUUUACCAGUUCCUGAGAAGCUAAUAUGAACAUAGUUAUGUGGUUAGACAAGGUUUGUUGCACCUGCAAGCUACACGAAAAACUUGCGACAAAUUUGUUACAAGUUUGUCAAGUGACUUCAGUCAAGCCUACAACGGUUUAUAAGCACGAGAUUCUCUGCUGGGUAUAACUUGGUAAAAUUGGACAUAAUUAAACUUCAAAUGCUUUCUUAUUGUGACGUACAUGCUGUAACUAUUCGAUAAUAUAAUGAUUAUACAAAUAUUUAAAAACAAGUACACAUACAUAAAUAUUCAUGUCAUGUUCGUUUAAAU